ACAAAGCAAAACAAAACAAAACUAAAACAAGUAUAUGUAAUGCUUUGCAACCUGUUUAGUCGCAAUCGCAAUGGCGCCGAAUGAUGCAAACGCAUUUGAUAAGCCGGAGGAGAGCUUAAAUAAAAUAAAUACGUUUGCUGUGAUAGAUUUGGAGACGUGCAAUUUACCAGCAUUGAACUACAACCGGACAUCCAUUACAGAGCUCUGUAUUUACGCCUUUGAUUCUGGGAUUCUGAAAGAUAAUGUCGCCGAUGGGGAUGCGCCUCAAAUUCUCGAAGCACCAAGAGUGAUUCAUAAGCUUAAUCUAUUGUUUCAGCCAACAAUGAUGGUUCAUCCGGAUGCGGAGAGGCUUACGGGUCUGAACAACUAUAUCCUUGAGAGGGAAUCCAGGCUUAAUGAGAAUUCUGCUCAAAUGAUUAUUAAUUUUGUCCGCCAUUUGCCAGGACGAAUUUGUUUGGUGGCUCACAACGGUUGGAGCUUCGAUUUUCCCAUUGUUCGUCAGGCUUUUGAAAAACUGAGUCUCUCAUUUCCGGAGGAUAUGCUAUGUGUUGAUUCACUGCGAGCAUUUAUUGAAAUCGAUGAUAAGCGUUACAUUGAGAACAACCUGCUUAAGGUACCAGUAACCAGACCUUUAAAAAUAAACCAAGAGGAGCAAGCGCAAGUGGUGGAAAUUAAGGUAGAACCAGUUUGUCAACAAGAUCAUGUACAAGAACUGGAAAUAAAGGUAGAGCCAUCGAGUCAGCCAGUCAAAGAAAUCAAUUGGCGGCAGGUGAACGAAACUACACCCAAACGUCCCAUACUGACACCCACAGAAGCAGCAUCCAAGCGAAGGAAACUUAACAACACCAAUCCAGAUGAAGAUGAAGACUCGGAUGAUGAAGCACCCAUUAAACGUGAUUUUCGUUCGCGUCGACAACUUUUUAAGGGCUUAAAAUGUGCCAAUCGAAAACGUAUACCACCCCGUGGCAAAUACAAGUUGGAUAACCUCUUUGAACGCACCUUCAAUCAACCAGCAGAGAAUGCUCAUCGAGCCGAAGCUGAUGUAGCCAUGGUGACCCAACUUAUUCAACAUUAUGGUACCGACUUUUUGGCCUUUGCAGAGGAGCAAGCCAUUCCAUUCCUUGAGGUGACACCAUUAGGUUCGCCGUCAAAAAAACCAAAACUAGGAACUUGAUUAUAUUUGUUCGAAAUUUUUAAGAUUUUAUAUUGUAUACCAAUUGUAUAUUUUUACCAAAUGUUCAAAGCAUGUUUUUUACACUAAAUUUUUACAAAAUUAUAUUUUUUAAUCGCAUUUAUAUAAUCAAUAUAUGAUGAUUUUAUUGAA